CAUAACGUGUUUUCUUUGCACGCUCAGGCUGGCAACCUUUGAUCCAGGGCUAAUGGAGUUAUCACUGAUGGCAGCACAGCAUUUCCCGGCUGUGAGCGGGGCCUUCAUGGAUUCUCCAUACAAUGGCAACACGUCCUUGCAGACGUCCACCUCCAACCUCAACGCCGGCUACUCUCGACCCUCAGAAGCAGAGGAUGAUGGGAAAGUGUCCAGUGACACCAUUUGGCUGUGGAUUGCUGUGCUGGCAACCAUUGGCAACAUUGUGGUGGUGGCUGUGGUUUGCGCCUGUGCCUUCUGACGAGAUGGAAGCAAAAGUACUGUCAGAUAAUGGGAAAUCUUGUAUAGCCUGAUAAAUAUAUUUUUCUUCAGAUAUGAUGUAAAUAGCCUUACUUUUAGAUCGACGAGGGUGAGCUUUGGUUUGAAAGGGAAUUUACAUGGGAUUUUUAAUUCAAUUAUUUUUGGCAUUUUUCUCACCAAAUUAAAUGAAAAUAAAUUAAAAAUCAGGAACACAAAACUUUAUUAAUUCAUUUAAAUGACAUGAUGAUCUGACAGAGAGAGAGAGGGAGAGAAAGAGAGACAAUGUCAAACACUAUCUAUUCAGUUCUCAAGUGCAAAACAUUUAAGACAAGCUUCAAAAUUAAGUUUGAACAUGACUUGGAGUCACAAUGAGCGACUUUGAGAACUGCUACUGAGACUAAUCUCACUUAAAAAGCUGGAAAACUUCACACUGACCAAACAAGACCACAGCGAGACUGAUAUCAUGCAUGAUUAUCCUUUGUUGAACCCUUUUUGUAACCAGCAAGAAAGCUACUCUGCACACAUCUGGAUCAACCAAAUCGAGCCGACAGAACACUAAAACAAUAGAUGUUCCAUCCAUCAGUAUCAGCAACCACUCAAUCAUUUGUGAUUAAUGCACUAGCUUAAAACUCAGCAUUAUGAAGACACCAUGGCUUAUCAUCGCUAUUACAUAAGCAGCUCAUAUGCGUUUUAAUUAUCUGUGAAAUUAACACGUGCUUUCUUAAAAACUCAAGAGGAGUGAAACUACGUUCAGAAAAAAACUUGCCCCCAGGUUUGCCCUUUGUAGUUUGAGAGUCUAAAUGAGUCACAGGGAUGUUUAUUCCAGCCUCCACGUGAACACCAUAUUAACAUAUUUCAUUAG